AUGGACACCCCAACGAUGUCAUUGCUUCGCACCAUGAUCUACUCAGCAAUGUUCUUGGAAGCUAAUAAAGAGGUUAUCACUCUCUGUGCUGAAUCAAUUAUCAGCAAGGAAGAUUCUUUGGCCUCCAUGACCCACAACUACAAGCACGGCUUCUCAGGGUUCGCUGCAAUACUUACCGAAGAUCAAGCUGAACAGCUUGCAGAGUUUCCGGAAGUCAUUAGUGUCAAACCUAGCAGAACCUGCACUGCUACCACCACUCGUAGCUGGGACUUCCUUGGUCUGAACUACCAGAUGCCCCGUGAGCUGCUCCGAAAAAGCAACCAAGGGGAGGAUAUAAUCAUCGGGGUCAUUGACACCGGUAUCUGGCCAGAGUCGAAAAGCUUCAGCGACCAAGGCUACGGGCCCGUGCCUUCACGAUGGAAAGGCGUGUGCCAAGUCGGGGAGGCCUGGGACCGCAGCAACUGCAGCCGCAAGAUCAUCGGCGCGCGGUUCUACAGCGCCGGCGUGCCCGAAGAGAUACUGAAGACUGACUACCUGUCGCCCCGGGGCAUCGCCACCCACGGCACGCACACGGCCUCCACCGCGGCAGGCUCGGUCGUUGAGGCGGCCAGCUUCCACGGGCUCGCCGCGGGCGCUGCGCGUGGCGGCGCGCCCCGCGCCCGCAUUGCCAUGUACAAGUCCCUGUGGGGACAAGGCGGGGGUGGCACCGGUGCAGGCGUGCUCGCGGCCAUCGACGACGCCAUCCAUGACGGGGUGGACGUGCUCUCGCUGUCGCUCGCUCAUCCCGAGGAGAAUUCGUUCGGCGCCCUGCAUGCCGUCCAAAUGGGGAUCACCGUCGUGUACGCGGCCGGGAACGACGGGCCUAGUCCGCAGACGCUUGAGAACACGGCUCCGUGGGUCAUCACAGUUGCCGCGAGCAAGACUGAUCGCUCGUUCCCGACGGUUAUCACGCUGGGAAACAAGCAACAGAUAACGGGACAAUCUCUCUAUUACCAAGGGAAGAACUCAAACUCAUCCAGGAGCAGUUUCAGAAGUCUUGCCAAUGGAGACCUAUGCACGCAAGAUGAUUUGAACGGUACUGAUAUUGAAGGGAAAAUCGUGCUUUGCGCAACGCAACAUUCACCAACGACGAAGGGCCCAUUCGCGUAUUUGUCAGACGCGAGGCAAAACGUCGUGAAUGGAGGGGGAACUGGACUUAUUUUUGUUCAAUACACGACUGACAUUCUGGAAGAAUCGGAUGGCUUUCCAUAUGUUUUGGUGGACAUUGACACUGGUAAAAAGAUCAAAAAGUACAUCGACUCCGCCAGCUCACCGGUGGCGAAGAUUGAACCAGCCCGCACCAGUACAGGUGCCCUGCUAGCCCCAAAAGUGGCAUCAUUCUCCUCCAGAGGUCCAUCACCCGACUACGCUGAUAUUAUCAAGCCUGACAUAGCUGCACCUGGAGCCAACAUCCUAGCAGCAACAGGAAAUUCUUACGGGAUUAUGUCAGGGACAUCAAUGGCUACCCCACAUGUAGCUGGCAUCAUCGCGCUGUUGAAAGCUCUGCAUCCAAACUGGUCUCCUGCUGCACUGAAAUCUGCAAUCAUCACCACUGCAUCUGUAACUGAUGAAGAUGGCAUGCCAAUACUGGCUGAAGGAUUGCCUCGAAAGAUUGCCGACCCAUUUGACUAUGGAGGUGGGCACAUCAACCCUAACAGAGCCACAGAUCCUGGACUGAUUUAUGACAUCAAUCCAAAAGAUUACAACUACUUCUUUGAUUGCACCAUCAAAACAUCUGUUAGCUGCAAUGCAACAUCAACACCUGGGUAUCUCUUGAACCUGCCAUCCAUCUCAACUCCAGAUCUGAGGUAUCCAGUUACCAUGUGGAGAACUGUCACAAAUGUAGGCGAGGUCAAUGCAGUGUACCAUGUUGCAAUUGAGAACCCGGCUGGAAUCAAGAUCGAAGUUGAGCCAUCUGUUCUUGUGUUCAACGCUGCAAAAAAAGUUCACACAUUUCAAGUCAAGCUAUCACCUCUGCGGAGGUUACAAGGGGAUUAUACAUUUGGAAGCCUUACUUGGUACAAUAACCAAAAGAAGGUUAGGAUUCCAAUAGCAGCCCGGAUCACGAUGUAUGAUUUAUUUGCAGAUGUUGCAUAA